GAGGCCAGCCACGAAAUAGGACGGACAAAAGAAGUGCGAGCGAAGAGGCAGGCAAGUGAGACAGAAAGAAAGAAGAAAGAAAGAAGAACCAACAAGAAAAAGGUGCACGACGACGCAAUCUGACAUCCAUUGGACAUUGGCUGAGCGCUGCUAUCAUAUUCAUCACUAACGCAAUUACAUUCAACCACAUCUUGCAGGUCAAUUGAGACGUGAUUGGAGGAGUCUGUCUGGGAUUUCUGGGUUGUCCAUUCCUUCAAUAUGAGUGCGGGUCCGAUGGGCGGGAGUAGUGGGAGUGGUGGAGCGGGCGGCGGAGGCCGGAAGAAGGUGCUGUUGAAAGUGAUCAUUCUGGGCGAUUCCGGGGUGGGCAAGACCUCGCUGAUGAACCAGUACGUGAACAAGAAGUUCACCAACCAAUAUAAAGCCACCAUUGGAGCCGAUUUCCUCACCAAAGAGGUGAUGGUUGAGGAUCGAUUGGUGACCAUGCAGAUUUGGGACACGGCUGGCCAAGAGCGAUUUCAAUCCUUGGGGGUGGCCUUUUACCGAGGGGCGGACUGCUGCGUCCUGGUGUACGACGUGACCGCCCCCAACACUUUCAAGUCUUUGGAGAGUUGGCGCGACGAGUUCCUCAUCCAAGCAUCGCCUCGGGAUCCGGAUAGUUUUCCCUUUGUGGUGCUGGGUAACAAAGUGGAUUUGGAUAAUCGCACGGUCUCGACUAAGCGAGCCCAACAGUGGUGUCAAGCCAAGAAUGAGAUUCCCUACUUCGAGACCUCGGCCAAGGAGGCCAUCAACGUGGAGCAAGCAUUUCAGACGAUCGCCAAGAACGCUCUGGCCCAAGAGUCCGAGGAAUCCUUCACUGAUCAAUUCCCUACGCAAAUUCGGCUUACCCAGAACCCCAACGGAAGUGAUUCGAGAUCGAACGAUAAUUGCGGAUGUUGAGGAUCACCCACCCGAUCGACGCUUAAGGGUCUACUACCGAUUGAGAACUAUAGCCUCCACCACCGUACUUCAACUACUUGCUUGCGUUUUUCUAUGACCAUCUUAAUUAUUCCUAAUGAAUACAUAUAUCAUAUACCAGAGCUGC